CGUGGGGACACCGUGAGGGCACCGCGGCCCCUUCGGUCACACCGCGGCUCCCUCAGGGCUCGGCCGCGCCCUCCCGCUCUCCCCGGGGCUGCACCCGAACGGCCGCGCCGCUCCGGCCCCCGCUGUGACCGGGAGUGGGGAGCGGAGCCCUCAGCACGGGCAGCACGUGGGGGGCACCGGGAGGAGCGGGCCGCGCUCGGUGAACCAGCUUGGUUUGCUCACCAAUUCCACCGAGGCAGCAGCUCCUGCUGGGCAAAAUUCAGGAAAAUGCUGAGGAGCCUGAAAGGACUCGUGUGCCAUUCUCUGAAGGUAAGCCCUCGUGAGCGUGGCAGUGCCCUGCCCGCGGCCAGGGCUGCCCUGAGCUCUGUGCCCGGCCCGGCUGUGCCAGCAGCAGCAGCAGCAGCGCCCCGAGCCAUCUUCCACACCAGCGAGAGCGACCCGGCCAAGCACACGGAGCAGCACGAGGGCCGCCUGUACAACAUCCCCCUGGAGGAGGUGAAGGCUGUGUUCCCCCAUGGGCUGCCCCAUCGUUUCCAGCAGCAGAUCCAGACCUUCAACGAGGCGCGGCUGAUGGUGCGGAGGCCGGCGCUGGAGAUCCUCACCUACCUCAAGGGCUCCAACUUCGCCCACCCUGCUGUCAGAUAUGUGAUCUAUGGUGAGAGGGGAACAGGCAAGACCAUGACCCUGUGCCACGUGGUUCACUACUGCUCCAGGCAGGGCUGGCUGGUGGUGCACGUCCCCGAUGCUCAUCUGUGGGUGAAGAACUGCAAGGAGCUUUUCCAGUCUUCCUACAAGAAGGACAGGCUGGAUCAGCCUCUGCAGGCCUCUGUGUGGCUCAAGAACUUCAAAGCCUCCAAUGAACGUUUCCUGGACGAGAUAAAAACACAAAAAAAAUACAUUUGGGGCAAAAGAGAGAGCACAGAGGAGGGCAGACCUUUGAGGGAAGUGGUGGAGCAGGGCCUGGCCCGGGUCCGGAGCUCCAGCGAUGCCGUGGGGGCUCUGCUGAGGGAGCUGAGGCUGCAGGGCCAGCGCGGGCCCCGCCGGCUGCUGGUGGCCGUGGACGGCGCCAACGCGCUCUGGGGCAGGACCACGCUGAGCAAGGAGGACAAGAGCCCCGUCUCUCCAGAGGAGCUGACGCUCGUGCACAACCUGCGGAAGAUGCUGAGGAACGACUGGAGUGGAGGUGCCAUUGUGACCACCCUGAGCCAGACUGGCUCUCUCUUCAAGCCCAGCUCUGCCUACACUCCCCAGGAGCUGCUGGGAAAGGAGGGUUUCGAUGCCUUGGACCCCUUUGUGCCCAUCCCGGUCCCCAACUACAGCCCCAGGGAGUUCGAGAGCUGCUACGGCUACUACCUGGAGCGGAGGUGGCUGCAGCACGAGAAAGCGCACACGGAGGACGGCAAAGCGGAGCUGCGAUUCCUCAGCGGCUCCAACCCGCGGCAGCUGGACCGCCUGGCGGGGCCCCUGUAGCGCAAUAAAGGCUCCGUUCCGCCG